AUGUUUUCCGCCCAAGGUUCGCUUGCAAGCGUUUUGCUUCUUGCGACAUGUUCUUUACCUGCUCUGAAUGCUUUGGUGCUGGAGUGGGAUGUUAAUGUGACCAGCUUGACUGAGCGAUCGAAGUUCCCUGGUUUCACUCUCGGAUAUUAUGACGAUCUGGACGAUCUGGACCUUCCUAUCCCCUGCCAGAAUGCACUUCAACAGAAAAUCUACUGCGACGAUUACAUCUCAGACUACGACGGCGAACCUAGAUAUAGAGGAUACGUUGACACGGAAGAGACGUCGUACGAAUCUUUGUGGAAUAAUGGAACGAUCACUGUUGGUGCUGGACGUCUCUGGGAGGCUUGGAAUGAGACUUGUUACUAUGACCCAGACAGCGGUCAUAACUGCAAUGAGGUCAUUAACGAGUUUUCCGAAGUCGAGGACAUUGAACAAAUGCCUCUUGAUGAGAUGUGCUCCUACUGCAAUGUCGAGCAUUACAAGAUGAUGCAAAGAUCUGCGUACUCCUACUACGACCCUUUCUACCAGCACAUACUCCAAACCAUCAACGAAAAUUGCGGCAUGAACAACCCAACUGAAAUCCCCAUUCCUCUGGAUCCUUGGACCGAAGACAACAUUUCCUGCGACUUCGGGGCCUACAAGAUCCAAGAAGGUGAUACUUGUAUUUCCAUUGCCGUGGAGCAUAGUGUAUCUUCAGAGGAUGUACACGAAUAUUAUGUUUCGUAUUACGGAAGUGCCCUGUGGACGCCGGAUUGCGAUCAACUUCGGGCGGGUCUGUUGAUGUGUCUUCCGCAGCCAUGCAAGAUCUACGAAGUUCAAGCGGACGACACUUGUGCAGCUAUCGAGGCCGAACAACAUAUUCCCGAGGGAGCUUCGCUGAGGACGUACAAUUCGUGGAUUGGUCCUGAUUGUUCUGACUUGCAGCGUUAUCGAGAGGGCUCUGGCGGCGUUGUUUGCGUGUCGCCUCGAAGCGAUCAAGUCGUGAUCUUCGACGAAGAGUCAGGUCCUUCUGCAGAUGUUGGCUCGAGCACCUCUCCAUGGUUUUCGACGACUCGCGUUCCUUCCCCAUCGACUGAUGCUGCUGCCUCCACUACUGGUAGCCAUGUCGCCUCAUUGCAACCAACUGGAGUUGUCUCGAUGACUACUUCUGGACCCUCAGGAGCAAAGCUUGCGUCCCAGAGCGUUGAUAAUAGUGCGAGUGCGACUCAAUCCUUAUCUGGAGACAACGUCUCGGGGGCAAGCAUGGUUGGACCUGGCAGAUCGCAGGUUGUUGUCGUACUUGCUGCACUGAUGCUAUCCCAGGUGUAUUGA